AUGGGAAAUGUAUCACCGACUCCACGCCAGCUUUUGGUGGAAGCUGCGAUCUUUUGGAGUAUUGGGACAGUUCUAUACGUCGGUCGAAUGAUUUCGCGCUUGAUGACCAACAUGUCAUUACAAGGGAUAUCAUGGGACGACUAUGUUAUGACAGCCACCUUUCUUUUCUAUACGUCUCUUCUCGUAUUGAUCCAAGUAUCGGCAAAAUAUGCGACCAAUUUGAUGGGUCCCGACGAAGCCGACCAAAUACUUGCAGACCCGAAACAAGUUCACGAUCGUAUUCUCGGAAGUAAGAUCAACCUACCGUCUAGAAUCUAUGUCAAGAUUCUGUCUGUGUAUGUGGCGCUGGGCUUCGCUGUAAUCAUGAUCACCUACUACGCCGUCUAUUGUCGGCCAUUCUCGCAAUAUUGGGCGAUGCCCGUGUCGAACGCGCAAUGUGCCACAUACCAGCACUACUCAAUCACACAGGCCGUCUUCAAUAUCUCAUCCGACGCCUUCAUGUUCGCCAUUCCGAUCCCGCUCAUCGUCAAGGCCAAACUCCCCCGGCGAAGAAAGUUCCUGUUACUCCUAGUCAUGAGCUUGGGACUGUUCACGAUUAUCGCGGCCAUCUUGAAUAAAUAUUUCAAUUUCGCGUCCCCCCUGACCACCGUCUAUCAAAUAUGGUAUAUUCGCGAGGCGAGCACGGCGAUCUUCGUCGCGAAUAUGAUGUGCUGGUGGCCUCUUCUUCGGAAGCUAUUUGGCAUGAAAGCCUUCCAAUACAUCAGUACUCCCCGAAGAUCAUAUCGGAAGACCGAUGAGAACAAUACCCGAUCGAAGACUGCGGGUUCGCACUCUGGGCGAGGCUCGUUUUCGGUCACUCGGGCCUUCCAUCGGACGAAGGAAUUAUCACUCACCGGACACAGCAAUGCUGGGCGGUCCAGUCAAGAGGCCAUCAAUCGGUCCACGGGGGAUCUUCCCGGUGAUUUAGAUCGGCCAGAUAUACCCCUUCAGGUUUGGGGAAAGGGCAACGAGAGAGGUGGUGAUGUCGAGAAUCUUGCGGUCCAGGAAGCGACCGUGAGAUUUGAAAAGUCGAGUGAUGAGAUAGAGAGCCCUCGUGGUAAUGGGAUCUAUUGCACUACUGAAUUUAACAUUCGUGAGGAUGUGAGAGGGCAAAAUUAA